GAGCUUACCGUUCAGCUCUUCAUAUCAUCUUUUCUAGCUCCCCAUCCCUCUUGCCAUCAGCUUAAUUUUAUCUUCACUUAGCCAACUCGGAACAGAAACCCAACUCCGUCCCAAAUUACAUACCUCUUACUUGCUCGCCGAGAACAUUUAAACUCAACUACAGACCCACUACAAACCAUCAUACUACCAUUCCGUACGCUCAUCUCUAUAUCACUCCAAGUCAACAGAGAGGGAGAGAAUGACAUCCUUCACCGCCAUUCAACGUCCCCCCUCCGCACCCCUGGGCAACCUCCCCCGCACAGACGCACAACUUGCAGGCGACGCAUGGCGAUAUCUAUCGCGGCAGGUGCGCAAACUCCGGCGGCACCACACUCCCAAUGGUUCCCAGCGACAAGCCUUGCCAAACGCAGAGACAGACUCUGUCAUCAGUGAGAUGGAGACAUUGGUUGUGACGGAGGACGAGAAGAAUGGCAAGGAGACUUCGGGGUAGCGAAUUGCUGUGCUGGGCAUUAUCGAUGCUUGGCGUUAGCUCAUGGUUUGGGAGUUACCAUUGCCUGAGUGGGUGGUACUGCUUGUGGUCAUUGGUUUAUCAUGUUGAUAUGAACUUGGAGGGAUAUACAUUCACCAAAGUUCAUGGUUGGUCCUUCUGUUUCGGGUUGAGCUGAUCGGCCGAGAAUGUUGGAUCCAUAGAUUAUCUGUGGC